AUGAAGGUCGAGGGUCGAACAUUUCUCAUCUCAGGCGGUGCAUCAGGUCUUGGCCAGGCUUGUGUGGAAGAUAUAUGCGCCAACGGCGGUAAUGUGGCUAUUCUGGACAUGAACGAGGAAGCCGGUCAGGAAUUGGUUAAAAAGCUAUCCACCUCGACCAAGUUUUUUGAAUGCAAUGUUCUGGAGACUGAGAGCGUUUCCAAGGCAGUGCAGGAUGCUGCUAAGUGGGCAAAGGAGACAGGCAAGCCUUUGGGAGGUGUGAUAGCUGCUGCUGGUGUUUCUACACCUGCUACGAUCCUCGACCGAGAUGGCUCUGCCUUUAGUCUGGAUGACUUUGACUUUGUUCUCAACGUCAACCUCCGAGGCACAAUCGACCUGGUCCGCCAGACUCUGGAACAUCUGGCCAAGGUGGAACCCCAUGGACCAGACGGCGAGAGAGGCGUUGUGAUCAUGGUCGCAUCAUCAGCAGCAUUCGACGGUCAAAAAGGUCAAGUUUCAUACUCCGCCAGUAAAGGCGCCGUGACGGCCAUGACUUUACCCAUGGCACGAGAUCUCGCGCGCUUUGGAAUUCGAGUUGUGACAAUUGCGCCCAGUUUGUUCGAGAGUCGAAUGACCAGCGUCAUGUCUGAAAAGGUCAGAAAGAGUCUCGAGGGCGCGAUGGAGUUUCCCAAGAGAGCUGGUCAGCCCAAGGAGUUUGCGCAGUUGGCGAGACAGGGUAUUGAGAAUGUCAUGUUGAAUGGUGUGGUUAUGAGAUUGGAUGGUGCUAUGAGAAUGCCCAGCAAGAUGUAA